GGGCGGAGGAGGCUGCUGCGCAGUAAGGGUUUAAAGUUGUUAGAAGGGGCGGCAAGAAAUGAGAAGAAACUCUGUCAACAUAUAUUAAUUCUCUCUCUCUCUCUCUCUCUCUCUCUCUCUCAUUGCAGAAGGGUCUGGGCGGCGCUAGAAGGGUUUGGGCGGCGCUAGGCAGGUCUGGGCGGCGCUAGGCGUGUCAAGGCGGCGCUAGGCUGGUCUAGGCGGCGCUAGGCGGGUCUAGGUUGGUCUAGGCGUCGCUAGGCGGGUCUAGGCGGGUCUAGGCGGCGCUAGGCGGAUCUGGGUGCCAGGGUGGGUCUGGUUCUUUUCUUUUGUUCUUUAAGCCCUGCCUAGCGAUUUUUCAAGGAAAGCUAGAACAUCCAACUUGAAAUAUAUUAUUCCAGGGAUCAUAUCAGCAAUACUCCUGGUGGCCUCUGUAUCAAUGUUCAUACUGCGCAGGAAAAGGAAAGUGGAAGUUGCAACAGAGACUGCCUUUAUUACCUCGACUUCUAUGGAGAAGAGUUUCACACCUUGAACUUCUGAGGGCGACGAAUGGAUUUCAUGAAAGCAACUUACUUGGCACUGUGCUUUUGGCUCAGUUGUAUAUAAAGGUACAAUUUCAGAUGGGAUAGAUGUUGCGGUAAAGGUUUUCAAUUUACAGCUUGAAGGGGGCUUUCAAGAGUUUUGAUAGUGAAUGUGAAGUGCUGAGCAAUAUUCGUCACCGAAAUCUUAUCAAAAUCAUCAGCUGUUGCAGUCAGAUUGAUUUCAAAGCCCUGGUACUCCAAUACAUGCCUAAUGGGAGUCUUGAGAAGUGGUUGUACUCUCAAAAUUCUCCUUUGAAUAUCCUACAAAGGUUGAAUAAAAUGAUAGAUGUUGCGUCGGCAUUGGAAUACCUUCAUCACGGUCAUGGUUAUUCACAGCAACUUGUCCACUGUGACGUGAAGCCAAGCAAUAUACCACUAGAUGAUGAUAUGGUUGCACAUGUUGCUGAUUUUGGCCUUGCAAGACUCUUAGGUGGAGGAGAUUCUAUGACCCAAACCAUGACCCUAGCCACAAUUGGGUAUAUGGCUCCAGAGUUUGGAAUGGAAGGAGUAGUUUCAACAAGGAGGGAUGUGUAUAGUUUCGGUGUUGUACUGAUGGAGACAUUCACAAAAAGGAAAGCCAACAGAUGAGAUGUUUGUUGGUGAAAUGAAUUUAAAGCAAUGGAUUGCAAAUUCCUUGUUUCCAGAUGCUGAAAUAGUUGAAGUUGCGGAUGCCGAUUUAUUUGGGAUAGAGGAAGAUCAGGAUUUUGUGAGCAGGAGGGAUUGCUUAUCAUCCAUUAUGAGAUUAGCUCUAGCUUGUUCCGCAGAAUUUGAAGAAGAGAGCAUUAACAUGCAAGAUGUUGUUGUCACAUUCAAUAAAAUCAAGAUUAAGUUUUUGAAGGACUGUGCUGGAGUGCAGCCUUAGUUUU